CAGACAGAAGAACAAUUCAUAGAGAUUGAGGGCCAAAAUUCCAAAGCAGAUAAGGAACGACUAGCAGUGGAGUAUGGAUUGGUUAAGCCGGGACCAUUAAGGAUACUUAAAUGGGACCAGCAUACCCAAACACCACAAGAUGCAUACCAUUCCUUGGCUGGAAAAGCAUAUAUAGAGAAACCUACCAAUUGGUAUCGAAUGCCUAAUCCCUUACGACACCGUCAAAGUUUCAUGUUCUCCAAUGUGUUGAGGCUUGCAAUGCUAAUGCCGUUUAUACUUCGAAGAUUUUUAAAGCCUAAUCAUGUCAAGACAGAGAUUAAGAAUAAUUGGAGAGCGAAACAAAUAUCUAGUGUAUCAAAAUUAUGCACUUGCUGGGCAAUUGAAGCCAAA